UUUAUCACUUCUGAUGUAUCCAACGUGGGACGAAGGAACGUCUGGAUAAAAAGAAAGUAAAGUCCGGGAGGGGGAAAACAAGCGGUGGAAACGGUUAGAAGUGCGAGGUGAAUUUGUAAAUUAUCAGAGUUUUCGGACCGUACAACGAGAUCAAGAUAAAAGCUUCCCAAUUCCUUCAACCGCGCGCUGGAAGGAGAGAGUGUACGAACGAACGAGAGAGCCGCAAAGUUCACAACAGUCGGACGGCUUUACUGGAACUGUUUCUCUUCAAAACUGUUUUAUUGUUUUUACUUGACUGAUCGUGGAGUCGCAGUUUGGAUACUUUGUAAGAAGAAACGAGAGCCUCAAACUUUUUAAAGAGUGCGGUUUUCCCUGUGGAAAAGUUUCUUUAAAGCGCCGAUGAUCCUAGAUUUUCCUUCAACGCGCUCGUGUGGAGUUAAUGGACACGAUCUACUAUGUGUUUACUCUUCGUUAUAAUGAAUCCCUUAGGAUCAAAACAUUAUAAGAAGUUCAGAAACACCGUGGACAAUUUAAACUCCUCAAACUACAUUUGAUUCAGUGGAUCGCUCUUGCCAAAACAAAGCGCCCGUCUAUCCCCCAUACAGACCCCCUUUUCAACCUUUUAAGGACAACUGCAUUUAGUUUUGGCUACUGGACAAGUUUCUUGUAUUGCCUCGUCGUGAUUCACCUUUGAUUUACUUACGUGGUGCUGCAGAGGAGAUUUUUUUUCAAACUGUGGGACUGUUUUCAAGUUCAGGGCAGAUGCAUUGCCCGAAAGCAACGCAGUAUAAUUUGAUAGUACCGCUGGGUAAACAAACAACUUAAUGAAGGCGAAUUACUCGAACUCUGAGAAACUCAAUAAGCUCGAGCUGUCCGUUUGUGGAUGAGAGAGAUCAGUCGUUAAGCGCUGAGACAACUGGAUACAAAAUGGCGGCGUGGCUGGGACAGAUGGGAUCACUUUCAUAUCAUGUGUUUUAUUGGCUUUUGACGCUGGAACUGUUAAUCAAUUAUGGCGCACCGUGUCCUCAAAACUGUACGUGUACGCUUGAUACGACCGACUGCAGUCGUUUGGACAUGACUGAUGUCCCUCAAGACUUGCCAAAGAGCACUGUGCAUCUAAAUCUGAGCCACAACAAGCUGACGGCAGUCGAUAUGGACAUCCUCUCCAAUCUGCCCCACCUGAGAGAAGUGAGGCUUGACCACAAUGAGCUGACAUCUAUCCCUUCAUUUGGAGAUGCCGCAGCAUCAGUUGUUACACUUCUCCUGCACCAUAAUAGAAUCCGCAGACUGGAGGGGAGUCUUCUACAGAACUUCUCUGCUCUUGAGACGCUAGAUUUGAGUAAUAAUGACAUCACAGAGUUGAGAGAGCACUGCUUCCCUCUGGGGUUACAAAUCAAAGACCUGCACCUGAGCAGUAAUAAGAUCGUUCAUCUGGAGUUCGGGGCAUUUAAGAAUCUUGCCGGGAGUCUGCAGAUCCUCAGAUUGAGCCGGAACCGAUUAACUCAUCUUCCUGUUAAAGGCCUGGAGCUGCCCAAACUCACACAACUGGAGUUGAGUAGGAACAGGUUGCGGUUGAUCGAGGGACUCACCUUCCAAGGUUUGAGCAGUUUAGAAGUUCUCAAGCUUCAGAGAAACAACAUCAGCAAACUAACAGAUGGGGCAUUCUGGGGUCUGGCCCGGAUGAGGGUUCUGCACCUGGACUAUAACAGUCUACGAGAAGUGAACAGUGGCUCUCUGUAUGGUCUGGAGUCUCUGCUGCAGCUCUACCUCGCCAACAAUUCCAUCUCAAACUUUAACCCUGAGGGUUGGGGCUUUUGUGAGAGACUUCGAGAACUGAAUUUGUCUUAUAAUAACCUGACGAAGUUGUCUGAGGGUAGUUUUGCCAAGCUGGUAAACCUGAUUUCCCUGCGUUUGGGACACAAUUCCAUCAGUCACAUCACUGAAGGAGCAUUCAGAGGCCUUAGCUCCCUGCGCACACUGGAGUUGGACCACAAUGACAUCUCUGGAACUAUUGAGGACACCAGUGGGGCCUUCACUGGCCUCGAAAACCUCAACAAGCUAACUCUGUUUGGAAACAAGAUCAAGUCGGUGGCCAAGAAAGCCUUCUCUGGCCUGGAGGCUCUGGAGCACCUGAAUUUAGGGGAAAAUGCCAUCCGCUCCAUCCAACCCGAGGCAUUCAGCAAGAUGAAGAACCUGCGCUACCUUCAUAUUCAGAGCGACAGUUUUCUGUGUGACUGUCAGCUGCACUGGUUUCCAGAUUGGCUCCUCACUCGAGGGCUGAACCCUGGUGUUCAGGCCACAUGUGCCCAUCCAGAGAGCCUAAAGGGCACCAGCAUCUACCAAGCCCCACCACAGAGCUUUGUUUGUGAUGACCUUCCCAAACCCCAGAUCACGGUUCACCCAGUCACCACAGCUGCAGUAUUGGGUAAAGACGUGCGUCUGACCUGUACUGCUGCCAGCAGCAGCAGUUCUCCCAUGACCUUCACCUGGCUAAAGGACCAGGAGACACUCCGCCAGGCUGAGGUGGAGAACUUUGCCCAUGUGCGGGCCAGCGAUGGAGGAGUGAUGGAGUACACUACGAUCCUUCACCUUCGACACGUCACCUUCAACCAUGAGGGACGAUACCAGUGCAUCAUCAGCAAUCACUUCGGCUCCUCUUACUCCAACAAGGCCCGCGUCACUGUAAACGUCCUGCCUUCGUUCGUCAAGACCCCACGUGACAUCACCAUCCGCACAGGCACCAAAGCGCGGUUGGAGUGUGCGGCCGAAGGGCAUCCGACUCCACAGGUGGCAUGGCAGAAAGAUGGCGGAACAGACUUCCCUGCUGCCCGAGAGCGGCGCAUGCGUGUGAUGCCUGAUGAUGAUGUGUUCUUUAUCAUGGAUGUGAAGCCAGAGGAUAUGGGUGUUUACAGCUGCACAGCGAAAAACACAGCAGGCAUGAUCUCCGCCAACGUCACCUUAACAGUGCUAGAGACCCCUCAUCUGGCACAGGAAAUGGAGGAUCGUAAUGUGGUGGUAGGCGAAACUGUAGCACUGCAGUGCAAGGCUUUGGGCAGUCCACCACCUCGCAUCACCUGGCUGAAGGGUGAAGAGCCUCUUCGAGCCAGCGACCGUCAUCACUUCACUCCAGGAAAUCAGCUGUUGGUGAUCGGCAGCAGCACAUUAGAGGAUGCUGGACGCUACACUUGUGUGAUGUCCAAUACGCUCGGCACCGAACGUGCUCACUCGCAGCUCACUGUCUACCAGAGAUUUGAGGAGUGCGCACCUUUUACCAGCCCCAGCACUGUUACUGUAGGCAUCAUCAUCAUCGCUGUGGUCACCAGUAUUGUGGUGACUUCACUAGUUUGGGUGUGUAUUAUCUAUCAGACCAGGAAGAAGAGCGAGGAGUGCAGUGUAAACACAGAUGAGACGAUUGUCCCUCCUGAUGUUCCCAGUUACCUGUCCUCUCAGGGCACUUUAUCAGAAAGACAGGACGUGUGUAUACGAGUGGAGUCCAAUGGGGGAUCUCAGCCCAAUGGACGAAUAGAAAGCAAUGGCUACGAUGUGCCGGUCGUGUGCGCAGACUGCUUGGAAAACAGCACCAGCUACUCCAAACACUGUAACUACCUCCCUCACGAUUUAGCGCCCCCUUCAGGCAUGGAGUAUCAGCAGACGCACCAAACAUCAACUUUCACCAGCCUCAGCAAUGAACCACACUGCAACGGCACUCCAAACGGCCUUAGAAAAGACAACCAAACACCCAUCUUUCCCACCAACCACGACAGGGUGACAAUAUCACCCUCAUCAAACCAGUACAGUGACCGAAAUGGAUUGUUGGUGAACAAGUCAGACACACCACUGUCACUGGAGGAGUCGUACCAUCGGCCAGUAAAACUGCUGUCUGAGGACUGUGACAUUGGGUCAGAGCUCACACAGACUCUAUUACCCAACGGACACACACACGCGCCCAGUUCAGCUCUAAACCAGAGCCAAUCCUUUAGGCGGGACAGUGACUAACGCCACACCAAGCCUCUUCUUGACAUCCUUUUGCACUGAGAACUGCUACCUCACACUGAGGGGCGCAGAAAAAACCCGCCCCGAUUUUCUGAACAGAAUUAGGGGCGUCCGGAGUUUGAAGGUUAUAAAGCUUGAACGGGGCGAUGACGACGUCCCAUACGAGCGUUAUUGAUGUAUAUAGGUAUAAAUCCUCCUCAGGGAGGCUUCAUUCACACUUCAGAAAUGUGAUUUGCAUUUGACGCAUGCAAAAUAUAUGACAGAGUGCUAUAACGUCGGGCUUGGAGCUGUACAUAAGAGUUUUCAUAUAUAAAGAUAUGAAUGUAUGUAUACUGUAACUUUUACAAACGAGUGUCGGACUAUUCGGUGCAUGGUGAGAUCAGAGUGAUUCUUGUUUUUUUUUAAGAUCUCUCCUGCUUUUCCCAGUUUUAUAAGCAGUGCCUUAUUGCCACAAGCUUGGUUUUUGUCUGGAGAUGUCGGUGUUGUGUUACCUUUCACAAAAAUGGGAAAUUUGUCACGCACUUGAAGUUAAUAUAAGUUUAAAUUGGUCGGAUUAUAGGAAUAUUCCAGGUUAAACAUGAGAUAUUGAGUACCCAUGGUAAUAAAUAGGUGGUGAAAAAAGAACUAGAAAAGUAAUGAAUAUUAGGUCAUUUUUUAAAUUGUGAACAAUUCCACAGUUCAGAUUUGAGGAGGUCAUUUGCCUUUUUUUGGCAUAGAUACAUAAAAUAAAUCAAACGAGACAGUAAAUACGUUUUUACUGAAGGAUUUAAGUUCUUUUGAACUUCUUUUACUUAAGUUUUUAUUAAAUAAAUGUAGUGCUCAUGAGUGUUAAUCUAAAAAACAAAAAUAAACAGUCCUCGGAUGCUCUUUUAUUCAAUUAGUUUUUUUUUUAUUUACUGACUUACUGUUACUAAAAUAUAUGUUAGAAGCAAUUAUAAUCAACAGUUUCAACAUAUUUUUAAAAUAACAUUUUAACUUAACCCAUAGUGAAUGGUGAGUACUUUGAGCACAUACUUUUUAAAAAGUCGACUUGUGGCAGAUUAUUGCUUUAGCAGGAAAAUGAAAUGAAAAAGUGCUUAAUUGUUAUAAACAAAAUCCACGAAAUAUGAGUUGAACAUUUUAUAUGGAACCUCUAUUUUUUUUAAUAUAGAAUUGAAAUUGAAACUCAAAGCCCAAAACAAAAAGGACAAAAGCGUCUGCUAAAUGACAGUAUGUUUACAUGGACACCAAUAAUCCGAUUUUAAUAAUUAAGACAAUACUCUGAUUCAGAGUCUACCAUGUAAACAGUGAUUUUUGAUUAAUUUAAUCCAAAGGUCAUAAUCAAAAUAAACAGAAAUUGGAGUAAGAUGUGGAGUAUGCUGAUUUUAUUCGAAUUAUUGAAGUGUAGUAUUUAAACACCUAACAAUCAACCUAUUACCAUCAUGUAGGAUUUUCGACGUAUUUUGCAACAAGAUAGUCUAUACAGGCUGUUUGACAAUAUUCUCUGCACCGACCGAGUCGGUGAAGGACCACAGAUGCACACAUUGUGAAAUGCGGAGGUUUAUUUGCUCAUACAGCGUGCAGUAUCCCAUUCCAUUACAACUUCCAUAAGUUCAUACUCGCAUGCAACUUCAUGUUAGAAACAGGGACAUGCAUGAAAUGUUCUUGAAUGAAAGUGAAAGUGCCAAUUACAGUUAAAGUCGACAAAUUAAAAAUUAAACGCCCGAAAUAACAUGAAACUCUGGAGGAAAUGAAGAUAGCGUGGUGACGCGAUGAAGGUAAUCGAAUUAUGUGCUGACAUGUAAAACGAGAUCAUGAAAGAAACAUUCAUGAAGCAAAUCACAUUAAGGCAAACAAUCGAUAACUGAUGUCCAUGUAAACGUAGACAAUGUAAAAUCGGAAAAUUAAAGAGAUUUGUUUACUUAUUUGAGUUUGACAUCUCUAAAGAUGUGCUUAGAGAGUAAUUCAUUCAUUUUCUAUACGCCUAUUUCCAAUCAAAGAGCAUCAGAGGGUUUUUCUUAAAUCUCUAGAAUUGACGUUAAUUGCUAAUUGUAACUCAAUAAAUAAUGAAAAUUUACUAUUAAAAUAGUUGUCAAGCAGUCUUAAAGUUAACGACACACACAUUUACAUGCUUUACCAAGACUCUCCAUAGUAGUAAUCUACUUUAUACUGUAAAAACUGCUUGUUAUAUGGCCUUAACGUACCCCUAAACCCAACCCUUGGAGAAAACUGGUGGCAAAUUUUGAAUGUUGAAAAACCCUGUUAAGUAUUUUAAGCAUUUUGAAUGACAAGGACACAAAACAGUCCUCAUAAACCACCUUAGAGUACAACUAGUUCAUCCCAACAAGUUUGCAUUCAUGUAAACCACAUAAACAAGUACACACACACACACACACACAAAACAGAUCAAGUAUUAUAUUUGCUAUCAAUAUCUAGUGUUUAAUCUGGAAUAUUCCUUUGCCGUAAUAUAUACGCUGUGAUCUGUGAUGAAGGAAGAGCUCCUCGUUGAAUUUUCAGGUCUGUUAUGGAGCAGAAACUGAGAACAUUGGCAUGCGGGAAAAUAUAAGCACUUUGAUGAAUCUUACAAAAGCUGAACACUCUUACACCCUGAAAUUGUGCCGCAAUCGAGCCUCUUCUGUUAACAAAGGUACACGCCACUACUAUCUGAAAUGAACUUCUUUUUAACACUUGGGAAAUAUCACAACUAUUAAAUAAUGAAACAGGGAGAGCGGUUCUAACAUUGACUUCUAGCUAACAACAAAACCAUACGCUGCCAAAACACAAAAGGGAAAUAAAUACGAGUCUCUAGAAAGAGUCAAGCUGCAUUUUGCAUUCAGGGUUUUCCUUCAACUACAGAAUGUCUUGGUGGAAAGGGAAAACAAAGCGUCAACAAAACAUUAUUAAUUAGCCUGAGCCAAACAGGUUCAUUUUUAAAGCCCGGUUUCUUUGUUUUGUGUUUUUUUUUUUUUUAACUAAAACAUCUCUACUACUAAACUAGGGGAGUGUUUGUAAAGGUAGAUUACAGCGGAUGCCAGUUUAACCCUAAAAUGUUUUGAUACUGUGGUUAGCUGGCUAUGCUAGCUCUGUGAAGAAGGCCAUAAACUGUACGGAUGUGUGCCUCAGCCCGUUUCAUACGGAUUAAUUUAUUGAAAUAUUGAGCUCUAAUCACAGCUGUUUCACCUACAUGCCUAAAACUGUGUCAAAAAAGUGUCAAAAUGGCGGGUGUUCAUUAAAGUCACAUUUUGCUCUUUUAC